GUGGUUUGUUUACACAGAGGACAUAAACAUGCAGCGUCUCUCCGCUCCGGCAGGCGGCGCUGUUCGGCGUUUACAACGUGACAAGAUGGCGUCCGGCAGUGGGUCCAGUAAGAACGACUUCCGUCGGAAGUGGGACAAAGAUGAGUAUGAAAACCUCGCUCAGAAACGACUCGCUGAGGAGAGGGACAGAGAGAGGAGAGAUGGAAAAGUGGCUCCGCCGGUCAAACGUGACCUCCUGCGUCACAGAGACUACAAAGUGGAUCUGGAGUCCAAACUGGGGAAGACCAUCGUCAUCACAAAGACCACUCCCCAGGCUGAGAUGGGCGGUUAUUACUGUAACGUCUGUGACUGUGUCGUGAAAGACUCAAUCAACUUCCUGGAUCACAUCAAUGGAAAGAAACACCAGAGGAACCUCGGGAUGUCGAUGCGAGUCGAGCGCUCGUCUCUGGAUCAGGUGAAGAAACGUUUUGAGGUGAACAAGAAGAAGAUGGAGGAGAAGCAGAAGGAGUACGACUUUGAGGAGCGCAUGAAGGAGCUCCGAGAGGAGGAGGAGAAGGCGAAGGCCUACAAGAAAGAGAAGCAGAAGGAGAGGAAGCGUCGGGCGGAGGAGGACGUAGACUUUGAGGAGGACGAUGAGAUGGCGGCAGUGAUGGGUUUCUCAGGCUUUGGCUCGUCCAAGAAAAGUCACUGAUGCUCUGCUGCUCGACUACACCAUGAGGACCACUACGCAUCAGGUCGAGGAGCUCUGCUCCACCCCCCCAGUCAGCUGGAGUUUAAGCCCAGAACAAGACUCUAAACACAGGAAGGAGUCGUCCAGCUGCGGCCAUGACUCCACAGCCCUGGUUCAGACUUUUACACUGAAAAUAUUCUUUUUUUAUUUUAUUUUGGUAGUUUCAUCCAUCACUCUGUCAGUUCUGAUGAGAUUAAAUUCAGCAGUUUCCUGCCAGAAAUAGACUUGUUUUAAUAAACAGGAAGUAGUUUUUCUCUCUGCAGUGAAGCUGCUGAGUGAAAAGUUGUCAGAAACGACGGACAGAAAGACAAGUGAGACCAAAAACUUUAAUUUCCUUAAAGUUAAGAAGUCUGAUUAUGACAUGUAUAAGCUUCGAUGAAUAAAACGAGAAGUAACUUAAAUCCAAAAAUAACUUUUAACAAGUUAAAAUGUCAGACUGUCACACCAAAAUUCAAGUUUUUAUCAAAAAUACAACCCUAGUUAGUUAAAAUUUUAAUUUUUGAGUGGCUGUGCUGAUAAAUUUAACUUGUUAAAUUAUUUUUAACGCUCAAACAGUCGUCAGUUUUAUUGUUGACAUGUCAUGAACUUUUCUGUUGUAUCAGGAUAUAGUUUGUGGGAGAAUUUUAAUAAAUGUUUUUUUUUUGUUUUUUUUUUACUAAUUGGUCAUUAUCUGUUUUCACAUACAAGGGGUUUCUCUUGGUUUCUUUGGUGCAUAACAAACAUUAAGUAAUACAUUUAAGGAAGACCAAAAAAUCAACAGAAGUGAGUUAGUCUCUGUUAAAAUGCAUAGCAGAAAUAAACAUUUUUACAGCCUGGUACAAAAAA